CGAGGUGAUACGCAAGCGUCGCACGCACAUACACACGCACAUACACACACACACACACACGUACGUACGUGCAAGCACUGUGGAGCCGUACCGAGCGAUCAUUAGAGGCUUGUUGUUAGUCUCCACGGAUUUUACCGACGCGCGAACCAAUUUUACGGCCGGUUGUUUCGUCAGCCCGUGUUGUUUGAAAGAUGCGUCGGUGCUUGCCGGGGAAUUGGCACCCGGGGCUAGUGAAUUACGCGCGGUCGACGAACACCUGCCAGCAAGAGAGAUCUCGAGGGGACGAGAAUCGCGCGAUCUGAGGCUGCUCGAUCACGCGAGAACACGCAUACGUGACAGCGCGCACGAAGGCGAAUUUACAUGGCGAGUUAUUCGCGAGGGCGAUCCUCUAGACAAUCAGAUUUCCUGUCCAGUGACACGAUGGACGAUGACAUCGACGAGAAGGACGACACGAAGAGGAAAUCGCGAAAUCUGAGCGAGAAGAAACGAAGGGAUCAAUUCAACAUGCUCGUGAACGAACUUGGCAGCAUGGUCAGCUCGAACACGAGGAAAAUGGACAAAUCGACAGUACUGAAGUCCACCAUUUUGUUUUUGAAAAAUCACAACGAGAUAGCUGUGAGAUCGAGGGUGCACGAAAUUCAAGAAGAUUGGAAACCGUCGUUCCUAUCGAACGAAGAGUUCACGCAUCUGAUAUUGGAGGCUCUGGACGGUUUUAUAAUGGUAUUUUCUUCAAGCGGGCGCAUUUAUUAUGUGUCUGAAAGCGUCACGUCCCUUCUCGGCUACCUUCCAAACGAACUGGAGAACACGACCAUCUACGAUAUCACUUAUCAAGAGGAUCAGUCUCCCCUCUACAAUGUACUACUGAAUCCUGCCAUCACGAAAGAUCAACGAAACAUCAAACAGGAGGAGAAAAUAUCCUUUUCGUGUCAUAUUAAAAGGGGAGGCCUGAACGUUCAGGAAAAUCCAGUGUACGAGCUCGUGCAGUUUGUCGGAUAUUUUCGUUCCGGCGUCGACACGGACGUAGACAACCUGCUUCCGAACACGAAGUUUGGGAACAUCACUGGAAUGGACACGAAAUUGGUUUUCGUGGGUACGGGGCGCCUACAAACGCCGCAGUUGAUCCGCGAGUUGUCGGUGCUGGACAACACGAAGUCGGAAUUUACCUCGAGGCACAGCCUCGAGUGGAAAUUCUUGUUCCUGGACCAUCGGGCGCCGCCUAUUAUCGGAUACCUGCCGUUCGAGGUGUUGGGCACGUCCGGGUACGAUUACUAUCACGUGGACGAUUUAGACAAGGUGGUCACAUGUCACGAAUCACUGAUGCAGAAAGGCGAAGGAACGUCCUGUUACUACAGAUUCCUCACGAAGGGCCAGCAAUGGAUAUGGUUGCAGACUAGAUUCUACAUCACGUACAACCAGUGGAACUCGAAGCCAGAAUUCAUCGUCUGCACGCACUACGUUGUCAGUUACAUCGACGUGAUCAAAGAACUGCGAAAGGAGUCGGAGAGUUUCAAUAAGGAGCAGAGUCAGGAUGUUCUGAUGCCGGUGAAACAACAGCAGCAGGUGACCACAUCGUGUCCGGUUCCUUCGACGCAGUGGCCAACAAAAUCGUCGAAAACGUCGAAGUCGAUACCGUCGAACACACGGCCGCGGCAUCAUGUGGAGAGUUCCGACAGUUCCUCGAUGUCAGCAUCCAUGCAAAGUUCGCCGCAUUCGCAGAUAACGCACGUUUCACGAUCGAAAGGCGCUUCGGCGAACAACUCCGUGGCAUCGAAAACUCAAAUAUCUCAAAUCGAUAACAGACAACAGCAGCAACAGCAGCAGCAACCAUCUUUGUUGGAGGUUGACCAGAGUUGCAUCAACUACAUAGAACAAACACCAUACGCGACGGUUAAUUUGCAGCCUGUGGUUAGCACAGGUUUCGCUGCUCCUACCGCGCCAAUUAUUUCCACGUUACCAACGCACGAGAUGUUGCAUCAGCAAGGGAUCGUGAUGACACCGACGCAGAAUCAAAUUCAAGACGAGCUGCAACGAAAGCACGAAGAACUGCAACAACUGAUAGUGCAUCAGCAGGAAGAGCUGCGAAGAGUGUCCGAGCAACUGUUCAUCGCUAGAUAUGGGAUUCUAUCGCCGUUGCUUAAUACGAGCAUGCCGUACAACGCCACGAAUGCGUGUCAGCAGAUAAACAGAUGCAACACGAACAAUUCCAACGUUCAAUUGCCAACGUCCAGCAGCGUUCAAGGAGUGAACGUUCUUCCCUUGCCAAUUACGGUCCCGGUGCCACUAGUGCCUACGGAAUUGUUCUCUCAUCCACUGACGGUGAGUCCAGUUCCAACGAUGUCAGCCACAGCGCAAGGGAACGUAGGCACGAUGAUGCAAACGCAGCAGCAGCUGCAACAUGAGCAACAACAGCCUCAACAGCAAGGGCCAGCGCAGCAAAACGGCAGUACGCCGGAUCUCGUGCCUUUUCAAAUGUGUCCGCAUCAAGCUGACAUGUUGUACAACGAGAUGGAACCAGCCUCGACCAGUCAACAACCGAGACCGUCGCAAAAUUGAAGAAAUUUCAUCGUCUCAUUCUCUGGCCACGGCGUUGGCGUUUGAAGCCGAAGAGAAAUCUGGACCUGUCGUUUUGUUAAUCCAUUCGUGUCUCGCGUCGAAAGAUUCAGCACGCGAGAAAUUUCAUAUUUUUAUACAAACGCGAGUUGUACAAGGGAUAUUGAGCGAGCGGGAUCUAACACAAAUUGGACGGAUCGUGAGAGUCUGUUACUUCUGUUUCUUGAGACAUGUCGUUUUUAUACUGGGGGGGGGGGGGGGGAACUAAAGAAUUCAAAAGCUUUUGUACUUCUUAAUCGUUAUGACACAUUCUGGAGAUAUUGAAAAUUGUCUCGUUUCAAAUCCGUGCAAUUUGUGUCAGAAAUAAAGUAUCACAUGUCAAAAGAUCACCGCGAACCGCCUUCGUUAUUUAUUUGCGAUCGAUACUUUCAUUUUUCUACGUACGAAUUGACUCUCCGGAACUUUGAUAUUUAAAUCUUUAAAGGGCCAACGUAUAUACAUAAUGUGUAAAAAUUCUGUACAAAGUAGCAACGUACACGUAAACUGGCUGUUCGAGCUGAACGUAAUAAGGGGAUAGUUGCUUGAUUGAUUGAUUUAAAAAAGUACAAAACACACGUAAAGUCGAAAGCUCUGUGUUCCAGAUACGCAUGUACCUCGGACGAGAAAGUUUGAGAAUUAUUUUCUUUAUUCGCUGGACCACUAAUAGUUAGAAGAGCCGGAUUUUUCGAAAACAGGGUAUAUUUACGUGCGUAUGUGUACAGGGUGUCUACGUUAUUAAUUUUUAGUAGUUUUUCUUCUUCGUAAAUGACCGAUUUGCGAGAGAGAUUGUGCUAUAGAACCACCCUGUAUAUAUAUAAUAUAUAUAAUAUAUAUAGUUGAAAGACGAAGAAAAAGUAAUAUAUUUUGUUGUAAAUGUCUCACGAUAAUAGACUAUUUGUAAAUGUACGUGUCUGUAGAGAAACGACGUGUAUUAUCCUCCUGAGUGUGGCAUCAAAAUCGAUAUAUUUUAUGAUCGUUGUUAGAUGGAUUAUACAUAUUAUAUAUUAUAUACGUAUACUGCGAGAAGAAACAGAAUUCAUAUACCAUCCGAUGAAUUAUCCAGAUCGCGAUGAACAUGUCUAACAGGCUAUUUACGUAUAUAAGACAAUAACUGUUCCCACAUGUAACGAUGGUAAACGAUGGUAUAAAAAUUUGAGAACUACGUACAUAUCCAACGUGCAAAUAAAGGUUCCUAAAAGCAAAAGAAAAGCAGCGAAAUUGUCACGGACAAAUGUUGUUCGUCCUGGAAUCGAUCAUUUUUUUUAUUUCAGAUUAAAAACGAAUUUUCUUGAAAUUCGG